CACUUUCUCAUUCCUUCGCGUUUCCUUCAAGCUAAGAGCCAGACGUCUACCGACCGGCUUUCCUAACUAUCUUACAAUGGGCUUCGGUGAUCUCAAAACCCCCGCCGGCCUUAAGGUUCUGAAUGAGUUUCUGGCUGACAAAAGCUAUAUUGAGGGGUAUGUCCCAUCACAGGCUGAUGUUGCUGUGUUUGAUGCCUUGUCUGGUGCCCCCCCAACUGACCUAUGCCACGCUCUUCGCUGGUACAACCACAUCAAGUCCUACCAAAAAGAGAAGGCCAGCCUCCCUGGAGUGAAGAAGCCCCUGGGUCAGUACGGACCUGCUGGAGUGGAAGACACUACUGGCGGAGCCGCUCCUGCUAACGAUGACGACGAUGAUGACAUUGAUCUGUUCGGCUCUGAUGAGGAAGAGGAUGAAGAGACUGCAAGGAUCAAGGAGGAGAGACUGGCAGCCUACAAUGCAAAGAAGUCCAAAAAGCCAGCCCUUAUUGCAAAGUCCUCUAUUCUUUUGGACGUCAAGCCCUGGGACGAUGAAACAGACAUGGCCAAGCUUGAGGAAUGUGUACGAUCCAUUGAACUGGACGGUUUGGUUUGGGGCCAGUCCAAACUGGUGCCUGUUGGCUACGGCAUCAAGAAACUGCAGAUUGCGUGUGUAGUAGAAGAUGACAAAGUAGGAACAGAUCAGCUGGAGGAACUGAUCACUGCCUUUGAAGAUCACAUACAGUCUGUUGACGUUGCUGCCUUCAACAAGAUCUAGAAACAUGGAAAAAGCAUUACACAAAAAGCACUUGAAAUAAAACAAUUUGAUUUUGAA